AUGGCGCUCUACCAGUCGUUCAGUAAUAAUCUCAUCCAAGCACUGAAAAGUACAAUACUCACUCAUUCCCUUGCACGUACAUUUACCAGCCAGUCCAAGCAUCCAAGUUAUCGCAGUCAUUGCGACCCUAACGUACCAAAGUGCAGUGAAAAGAGCCUCAAAGAGAAAGAGGACAAAGGCGAGUGUAAAAAAGAUAAGCGCCAAUCUAUGUGGCUGAAUCCCGAGUGUUGUCUGGACAUUUGCAAAAAUGUCUUGCCGCGCUUUGAUGAUCUCUACUAUAAACCGUCCGACAAAGCGAAGCGCAAUUAUACGCAAACCUGGAGUGAAUGUCCAGACAUAAGAACAGCACCGCGCAAGAUUUGCUGCUUCGAGAAGGUCAAAUUGCCACCAUUGGAGCGACGCAAGAAGUCCGCCCACCCGAAGACGGCUUGCCCGCACCUCAGCAUGGAGGAAAAACGCAGCUGUUCGGUUGGUGGGAAUAAGCGUUGCUUAAAAAUUCGUCUGCCCGGUUGUGGCGUUGCACGUGAUCCACCCAGGUGUUUCUACAUCAAACCGGCAGCCAAAUGCCGCAAGAUAUGCACACCGUACCCCGCAUUUUCGGAAUGUAAACAACUCAAAGCGAAGCCCAGACGUCCGGUCGAGUGUAAUUGCCUAUUUGUUGGACCACUUUGUGGCAUGCACUAA